AUGGACUCUACCAGCGUCGGCAACAGCCAGCAGCAGGAUCCCAGCUCCAACCAUCAGGCCGCCGCUGGGCCCUCUGGCCCUCAGGCCCAGGUCGUCCGACGCACUCCCCCUUGCAUCAACUGCGUCUACCGAUACUCGUUGGCGUGCUUGCAGAUCAACCGAUGGGUGCCUUGGCUGCAAGGAGCUCUCAAGGCUGCUGCUAAGCAUACCACCAUUGCAUGCAUCAAUGCACCUGUUGAACAUUUUAUCAUUGAUGUGAAGGAUGAGGGUGAGAUUGGAGAGGCUGAUAGGCAUGGCGGUGGCAUUUUUACUAUGACUGAGGAGUCGGAGGCUGCCUUUGUCGGUGAGGAGGAUGAGGACCAGCACGACACGGCUGCCAAUGAGAAGUUUUUGAAGAGCCUCGAGAGGGCUCAGCAGGCUAUUCUUGAAGCUUUGAGGGAGCUUCACGAGAAGAUGGCCCGGAAGCAGAACGAAGGCAAGAACUAG